UGCCUUGCCCAUACAAACUUGUUUUCUUUUGAGACGCUGCGCGCACUGCGCUCCAACAUCUGAAAACCCCUCCCGGACAGCUGUUUGUCCCGAGUACAAACCUGUGCCGCAUUCCCGCAACAUGUUUAUGCUUCGCAACUUCAGUAAAUUCGUCUUCGGAGACAGCUCAAAGGAAUCUCUCGUCGAAAUCUCGCAAGGCCAGCUCUACCUCGUCCGUCCUCGAUCGGUCAAAGGCUACUCUGAACUUAUCUUCAAGGACGCCGCUGCCACCAUCCGUCGCACCGGGCAGGAGUUCCAAUACCAGCUUGUUGUCCAGCGAGCCUACGAGGAAGGCGAGGAGGACCUACUCGCGGAAGAAGGUGCAGAGGACGCCGACAUCGACGCUCUUGGUGGGGAGAAGGACGAGAAAACAUUCCUGCUCGACGAGGAGAUUGGAUUCCGCACCGACGUCCGACAGACCGGCGAGAAGAUCUUCGCGUGGCGCGACCUCAGCGGUGACGUAGGCGAUCUUUGGGAAUUUGUCUGUGACGCUUCGAUCAAGCCAGAGACUGCUAUCUUGUUCUCGAGAGUCGCUCUGCAGUGUCAAUACGAGAGGAAGUUCCGCAGGAGCCACGAACACGCAACCGAGGAAGACUUGGAGGCUUUGGCCUACUUCGAAGAACCUAUCCCAGACGCAAGUCCUAUCGACAGCCCGAUAAGCAAACAGCCCGAAGCUGCUCCUGUCGCCGAACAAUUAUUUCCCAACACAGCCAAGGAAAAUAUGGCAAAGAAGGCUGCUGGCAAGGGACCAGUUCCCCAGGCUGAAGAUCCCACUACGGCCCCUCCUUCGGCUGCCCAGCCCCAGGCUUUGGGUACGCUGGCUGAAACGAGUGCUGAGCUCCAUCUCUUCGACUUCCCGUCUGGUACCUUUAUCCUACAAGACGCCAACGUUAAGGCUACGGUCACGGAGAUCGGCAACUGGGAGUACUGGCUGCACAUCGUAGGCGAAGACCGAGAAUGGCUGGGUCAGCCUAUCGUUGAGGACAUCAAUCCUGUUUUCAACUAUGAAUUCAAGUCCUUCAUCUUCAAUCACUAUCUGGACGAUGGUUCGGCCUAUUCAUGGCUCCUUCGUUUCAAGGAACAGGAAGAGCUCGAGGGAUUCCAGAAUGGAGUCAUGCAGGCACUUUGGGAACAUCUCAACCAGGUGAAAUGGGGAAAGGCAAAGGACACCGAUCGUGAAUAUGUACUUGAAGCUUUCCAGGAUCUGACCAUGGAAGAUGCGCCCGACUAUGAGGAAGAGGAAGAGGAGGAGGAGGAGGAGGAAGAAUCUGAAGAAGAAGAGUCAGAGGAUAACCGCAGCGAGCAUUACGACGAAGAUGAGUCCGAUGACGACACUGAAGGUCAAGAGAAGGAUGGUGGUGUCAACUCACAGCUUGCUGUCGGUUACAAGCACGACAGGUCAUUUGUCGUUCGUGGAAAUAAGAUUGGAGUGUUCAAACAUACCGCAGACAACCAGCUGCAAUUCUCGACCACCAUUUCCAACGUCAAGACACCAAAAGGCAAGGCUUUCAACCCCAACAAGGUUAUGUUGCACGCCGAGGAUCAAAAUCUCAUCAUGCAGCAUGCGGAUGAUCCUAACAAUUUAUACCGCAUGGACCUUGAGACUGGUAAGGUGGUGGAUGAGUGGAAGGUCCACGAUGAUAUUCCAGUGAAGAUUUUUGCUCCAGAGAACAAAUAUGCCCAAAUGACGGGCGAGCAAACCUUCUUGGGUCUUUCUGGCAACGCUCUCUACCGUAUCGAUCCUCGUGUAUCUGGCAACAAAUUAGUCGACGAUCAGCUCAAGCAAUAUGUCACCAAGAACGCUUUCUCUGCUGCAGCUACAACCCAAAAAGGUCACAUUGCCGUCUCCUCAGAAAAGGGAGAUAUUCGUCUCUUUGACCGCUUGGGAAUCAACGCAAAGACACUCAUCCCAGCCUUGGGUGAUCCUAUCAUUGGAAUGGAUGUUUCGGCGGAUGGCAGAUGGGUGUUGGCUACGACACGUACAUACCUCCUCCUCAUCGAUGCUUUGCAGAAGGGUGGAAAGAACGAUGGCAGGCUAGGAUUCGAGAAAGCAUUCGCAAAGGACGACAAGCCAGUACCUCGUCGCCUUGCCCUGACGCCUAGCCACGUUGCGCAAUUCCAGCACGAGACCAAAGCUCCGAUAUCGUUCACUCCAGCCAAGUUCAACACCGGUAUAGAUGACACGGAGACGACGAUCAUCACCGCGACGGGUCCGUUCAUCGUUACUUGGAGCAUGAAGAAGCUCUUGGCCAACCGAAAGGAUCCCUACAGCAUCAAGCGCUACGCCGAAGAAGUCAAAUCCGACAACUUCAAAUUCGGAUCGGACAAGAACCUCAUCGUCGCACUACCCAACGAGGUCGAAAUGGUCGCCAAGCGAGCUCUCCAGAGGCCUACCCGCGAAAGCAUCGCCACCCCAUCAAGAGUGGGCGCAGGUCGUCGAAGCACUGUCCGUGGAAGCUAUCUUGGAAGGAACGACAUUGUCAACAGUCCUUACUGAAACAGUCGGGUCGAUUUCCUUAGGGCGUAACUUGACCCGCUCUCUUCUUUCUCCUUCUUCCCCCACGCUGCAAUUUUGGGCGAUUUGUUUGGAAUGGCAGGUUAUUAUGGUUGGAGCGGGCGGGGAGGCAGGCAGGGACACGUCCAUCAAAGGUUCUCCGACAAGUCGAUUGAACUUGGGAGCCUCCACUUCCAAUUCGAUCAAGUGGAUCGUGAAUCAAUGCCGCCGGUGUACAGAUAUGAUUCCUUUCUUUUUUGUUUUUUCUUCUCCCUCUUCCCUUUCACUUUUUGAUUCCCCCAGAACGUAAACCCUGAUCCUAUUUCCCAUAAUAUUAGAUACAGAAACAUAGUAACCGACUCUGUCGUGAAUGUCCCC